AUGCAAAGUGGUUGUGCUUCAAGUCGACCCGCGCCCGAAGUGAUCUGGUUGGAUAAUCAAGGAAAAGUGAUCAACGAUGGAGUCAAAUUUAAGAUGGAAACCUCUGGUUUAAACACCUGCUUGACGAUUAACAAAAUCGAGAUCUCGGAUCGCGGAGAGUUCAUUUGUACGGUCAAAAAUCGAUGUGGAGAGGAUAAAUACGCGAUCGGAAUACAGGUCACUGAUCGACCGGAACCACCUGGAAAGCCGACGGUUCAAGAUCAAAAUGUGGAUUCAGUGAAAUUGUUGUGGUCUGUGCCGAAACAUGAUGGAGGAUCGGCGAUUAGAAAUUACACUGUUGAAAUGGCAUCGUCCAAACAAAAACAAUGGACGAAAGCCGAAGUGACGAAACAGCCAUUCACAACACUUUUCAACUUGGUCGCUGGUGAAACGUAUCGUUUCCGCAUUAGAGCCGACAACGUUUUCGGAAUCUCGGAACCAUCGGAUGAAUCAGAACCAGUCACUGUGCAAGCAGUCACACGACAAGUCGUCACUCCACCACCAAAAGAGAAAAAAGAACAAGAGCCUGAAGUGAUCGACUAUGAAAAGCAAGGAGAAGAGACGAAAAUCACCGCUGAAGAGUAUAAAACGGUUGAUCUCAACAGGAUUCCAAAAGAUUUACAAGCAAAGUAUAUCAUUCACGAGGAGUUAGGACGGGGAGCUUAUGGAACGGUUUAUCGUGCAAUUGAGAGAGCUACUGGAAAGACAUGGGCUGCAAAGAUGGUUAAGGUUCGACCCGGUGUCAAAAAAGAGAAUGUUCUUCACGAGAUGGAGAUCAUGAAUCAGCUACAUCACGAUAAAUUACUCCAUCUUCAUGAGGCUUUUGAUUUAGGCAAUGAAAUGUGCUUGAUCGAGGAAUUCGUCUCUGGUGGUGAGCUUUUCGAUAAAAUUAUGGAGGAUGACGCGUUGAUGUCAGAACCGGAAGUCCGUGACUAUAUGCAUCAAAUUUUGCUCGGUCUUCAACACAUGCACAAGAACAACAUUGUGCAUCUUGAUCUGAAACCGGAGAAUAUUUUGCUCAAGGCCAAAAACAGCACCGACAUCAAGAUCAUCGAUUUUGGAUUGGCAAGAAAGUUGGAUCCAAAGCGAUCGGUGAAACUCUUAUUCGGAACACCGGAGUUUUGUGCUCCAGAAGUGGUCAAUUAUCAGCCGGUCGGAUUAGCUACCGAUAUGUGGACUGUUGGAGUGAUCUCUUACGUUCUUCUAUCCGGUCUCUCUCCAUUCCUCGGUGACACCGACGAGGAAACGCUGGCCAACGUGUCGGCAGCUGAUUGGGAUUUCGACGAUCCAUCAUGGGAAGAUGUGUCCGAUUUGGCGAAAGACUUUAUCUGUCGUCUUAUGGCAAAAGAUAAAAGAAAGAGAAUGUCUGUUCAGGAAGCACUCCAACAUCCAUGGAUUGUGAAGGAGGCACCAAAAUACCGUGGAAAGGUCCCAUUGCGACAGAAGAGAGAUUUCUUGGCGCGGAAGAGAUGGUCCGAUGAUUUGUUGCCGAUUGGACGAUUGGCGAAACAAGGAGCGAUCUUUAGACGACUUUCAAUGGAUGGAGUAUUCGAGAGAAAUAUCUCCUUUGAUACCGAAUGUCCUCCAUCGAUUCGCAAACGACUUGAGGAUAUCUUUGCGAAUGUUGGCGAUUUGAUUGCUACUCUUUCGUGUGAUGUUGAUGGAAUCCCAUCACCAAAGAUUCGCUGGUUUAAAGAUCAAAAAGAGUUGCCGACAAAUUCCCCCAAAUACACGGCUCGUUUCACGAAUGGAAUCGCUGAGCUCACCGUGAAAAACAUUGAAGAGAGUGAUGCUGGAGUUUACACAUGCAGAGCGACAAAUGAAUUGGGAUCGAUUGAAACACAAGCAAAACUUGUGGUCGAGCCGCCAAAGAAAACAAAGAAAACAAAGAAAGCAGACACUGAACCAACUGGAGAAAUGAAGAAGAAGAAGGAGAGGACAAAGACAGAAUUCCCUGAAGAACCACCACUUAUGGAUCAACCACCAUUCUUUAGACAUCAAUUGUCUGAUCAAACAGUAAAGUUUGGCGAAACAUACACUCUUUGCGUAACGAAUACGACUUUACCCGAGCCAACUGUUCGAUGGUUUAAGAAUGGAGUUGAAGUGUUUAGAGAUAACAAAUACUUAUUGAAACAUGAUAAAGGUCGAUAUGAGUGUGAGAUUCUGCAUGUUGAUUUAAGUGAUGAUGCUGAUUGGAGAGCUCACGGGGAAAAUGCGUUCGGUGAAUGUGAAAGCUCAUGUCAUUUGAAAGUUGAGAUUCCUGAUGAUAUGUUUGCACCGAAUUUCAUCCAUGGACUUUACGAUAUUCGCUGUGAUGAGCAAGAUCGUUUAAAAUUAGAGGUGAAAGUCGAAGCGAAUCCGAAACCGGAAAUCAUUUGGUUCCACAACGACAAAGAGAUCUUGCACUCGGAUCGUCAUCGUUUAGAUUUCGACGAUCAAUUAUUCAAAUAUUCUAUCACUUUGAUGAAUGCAUAUGCGGAAGAUUCUGGUGAAUAUAAAGUGAUUGCGAAGAACGCUUUAGGACAAGUGACAUCAACAUGUAUUGUCACAAUUAAAGAACCCGAACAAUUAAGACCAAAGAAGAUUGAUGAUUCGAAAGCGCCAAAGUUCCGAAUGCAACUCCCGAAUCCAAGAGAUGCGCCCGAGGGAACGGAAUUGGUAAUGGUUUGUGCAGUUUCUGGAGAACCUGAGCCAAAGAUUUCUUGGUUUAAAGAUGAUAAAAAGCUCGACUUGGAUCGGAAAGCAAUCAAAUUCGAGAAUGGCGUUGUCAGCUUGAACAUUUUCAACACUCUACCCGACGAUAGUGGCACAUACACUUGUGUUGCGGAGAAUUUGCAUGGAGCUGCAAGAACAACAAGUGUCCUGACAAUCACCCCAGCUCAAGAUAAACGAGUAAAGCCUCGUUUCGUUGAACCAUUAAUGGACAAAUCAGCUUGCGAAGGCAAUGAGAUUGUUCUCGAGUGUCAAGUCGAGGGAUCACCUCUCCCAAAUCUAACUUGGUAUAAAGAUGGAUUGAAAUUGAUUCUCGAAAAUCGAAUGCUUCACUACAUUGAUCGGAAAGGAGUGGCGAAACUGAACAUCAUGAAUGUUCUCGUUGAGGACGCUGGCCAAUACUCUUGUGAAGCGGUGAACGCAGUGGGCAAAGAUUUCACUCAUUGCACGGUGAAAGUGAUCGAUAUGGGACUAGCUGCAAGAUUGACGCCGAGUCGAGCAAGCAGUCGAAGUCGUAGUCCAACUCCAGCGCGAUCAAGUCGAGCAAGUGUUGAUCGCGAAGAAGAGAAAGCGCCGGUGAUUACAAGACCUUUAACUGAUACAACGGUUUAUGAAGGAAAUCGAGAACUUCUCGAAGUCGAGGUUCACGGAACCCCAACCCCAUCUGUUGAAUGGUACAAGAACGGGAAACUCGUUGCCGAAUCGCGACUCUUAAGGACAUAUUUUGAUGGACGUGUGGCUUUUCUGAAAAUCUAUGAAGCGAAUGAUGAUCAUGCUGGUGAAUAUGUGUGCAGAGUUGCGAAUAAAGUGGGCACUGUCGAAACAAGAGCUACUCUUGUUGUCGCAAAAAUUUUAGAAGAAGAUGAUCAUGUCAAAAAUAUGCCUAAAUUUAUGAAGAAACUUGACGAUGUUGAAGUGAAAGAAGCUGGCAAUUCGAUUACAUUAACAUGUCAAGCUAAAGGUGAACCAAUGCCGGAAAUCGUUUGGUUACAUAAUGGACGAGCUAUUCACGGCAAUGAGAACAUUAGGACGAGAACAUUCGAUGACAACACGGCUACUUUAGAGAUUCUGAGUUGUCAGCCAAAUGAUUGUGGCACUUAUACAGCGGUUGCCACGAAUCCAAUCGGCGAUGCUCAUACCUCAUCUCUAGUCAAACUUUUGUCUAAAGAUGAAAUCGUUCGCUCAGUUCUUCCAGCAUUCAUUGUCGAGCCUAAACCAAAAAUCGUUGUUGAAGAGGGACAAGUAUUGACAAUUGUUUGUGAUAUCAGUGGCACUCCACAACCGGAUAGUAGUUGGUUGAAAGAUGGAACUCCGCUCAGAUCCGAUUCACGAGUGAUGUGUUUGAAUGAAGGAAUUACACAUCAACUUAUUGUUACUAAUAUCAAAAUUGAAGAUCAAGGAAUCUAUCGAAUUUUAGCUGAAAACGAGAAAGGCAAAAUCCAUCAUGAUACUGAAGUGAUAGUGACGAAGCGAAAUGAGAUAAGAAAAGAGGAAAAAGUUGAGCUUAAAGAGGAGCAAGGAGAGCCGGGACAAGUCGAAGAUUUCACAGUGAAUCAGACUUCGACUGCUUCAGUGACACUUGGAUGGUCGGAACCGAAAAAGACUGGUGGAUCGCAGAUUAAUGAGUAUGAGGUGCAAAUGAGGAAACCUGAUCGCAGAAGUUGGACCGAUUGCUUGCGAACGAUUGAUUGUGAGGCAAAGAUUCGAAAUUUAGAGCCAAAUACCGAGUAUUUCUUCCGUGUGAGGGCCAAGAAUUUGAAACAAUAUGGAGAGUGGGCAACACUGAAGAAUACCGUGAAGACCGAGUCUUUAGCUGUGAAGCCAACGAUUAGACAAAAGAUGGCACCAAUGGUUCAAGCUCAAGAAGGAGAAAAGAUUGAGCUUGUCGUUUAUUAUGAUGCUGAUAUAAAUGGAAAAGUGAAAUGGUAUCGAACAGGGCAUCAAAUGAUUGAUGGAUUGAGAGUGAGAUUGGUGAUUGAACCAGGAUUUGCAAAAUUAGUCAUUCAUGAUGCGAUAAAGAGUGAAGAUGAAGGAACUUAUGCUUGUCAUAUUGAGAAUGAAGCAGGACAUGUGAGCUGUGAGACAACGAUAUCCAUUAUUUCGAUGAAGAAAGAAAUGGAUGUGGAGAAAAUUGAGAAAAUGAUUGAAGAAGUUGUUGAAGAAAAGGAAGAGAAGAAGAAAGAAGAGAAGAAAGAAGAGAAGAAAGAAGAGAAGAAAGAAGAGAAGAAAGAAGAGAAGAAAGAAGGGAAGAAAGAAGAGAAGAAAGAAGAGAAGAAAGAAGAGAAGAUAGAAGAGAAGAAAGAAGGGAAGAAAGAAGAGAAGAUAGAAGAAAAAGAAGAAAAGAAAGAGAAGAAAGUGAAGAAAGAAAAGAAAACUGAAGAAAAAGUAAUGGAAAAGGAAGUGGUAGAGGUGAAAGAAAAGACUCAAGAAGUAGAAGAUGUUAAAGCUAAAGUUGAAAGCCCGUUGAUGACAAGAAAGGUGAAAGAAGGACCACCAAUUGUGGCAAAAGAGUUGAACAAUGAGACGGUAACAGCUGGACAAACAUUCACUCUCUCAUGCAAGAUCACUGCUACUCCACAAGGGGAAACCUCAUGGUUCAGGAAUAAUGAGCGAUUGCAAGCCGCUGGACGAUUCGAGAUGCUCACAUCUGGUGGAAUUCAUCGCUUGGUGUGCCACUCGGCGCAAGUCACUGAUGCUGGCAAUUAUCGUUGUGUGCUGGAGAAUGAGGUUGGUGUCGCUUUGUCGGAGUGCAGGGUUGAUGUGCACGAUUCACAAGAACAUCAUGCUCCUCGCUUUGAAUCUCCACUCUCCGAUAGAACGGCUCUUUCUGGACAUGAAUUGACGUUGAAGUGCAAGCUCUCCGGAAAUCCCGAUCCAUCGGUUAUCUGGAUGAAAGACGGCGUUCGCAUCAACACCUCUCGCCAUUACAAAUUGGUCUUUGGGGAGAAUGGAGUGUGCACGUUGACGAUCAGUGAAAUGAACCCUGAUGACACGGGUGUCUAUCUGUGCACAGCGUCAAAUGCAUACGGAGUCGAGUCAUCGCAAUGUUUGGUCUUCGUCGCCGAACCCACUGGACCCGACGCGCAUUUGGUGUUGGCCGAUGUGUUGAGUGAUAAACGAGCUCCACCCAAAUUCGUCCGAGCACCAGCCGGACUCAUCGAUGCACCUGAAGGCUCAACCAUUAAGCUUGUGGCAAAAGCAAUCGGUGAACCCCAGCCUCGAAUCACAUGGAAAAAAGAUGGAAAGAAUAUUUCUCGAACAAAUCGAAUGUAUCAACAUUACCUCCUUCCUGUCCUAUCGGAUGUAUCUGGAGGAAAAAUGCACCAAAAUCAGUCUUCGAUCACUGGAGAGUUCGAAUCGCAUCUUCAAAUCGAUUUCGUCGUGCAGAAAACGUCGGGAAUCUUCCAGUGCAUCGCUGAGAAUUCUGAGGGACAGACGAUCGUUGAAACUCAGGUGAUCGUGCAACGGGGCACAGCGAGACCGAUCGAGAAUUGCGCGCCGGUUUUCCUCAGCCCAAUGAGAGAUAUGGGCAUUGUGAACGGUCAUCCAUGCACAUUGAGCUGCAAAUUCAAGGGAGUACCCGAGCCGGAGAUUCGUUGGUAUUUCAUUGAUGACAAUAUGAGAAGGAUUUGUCUCAAUAAUGUGCCAACUGGUUGGAUUGAGUGCAGCGGUGGAGACACAGCCGAGCUGAAGUGCGAGAGAACCUAUCGAAAUCAACAGGGAACUUAUCAAUGUGUGGCAUCGAAUCGCUACGGUGAAUCGUCAACUCAAUGCUAUUUGUUGGUGGGCGAGUUGAAUGAUCAUCCAGCCGGGCCGCCUCGUUUCAUCAAAUGUCUUCGCGACGUUUGGACUCCGCUUGGAGAAGAGAUCGCUUUCGAGGUUGAAACUGCUGGAUAUCCAUUGCCCGAAUUGAGAUGGUUACACAACGAGAACCUUGUUCGUGAAGGCCGUGAUGUGCAAAUCAAAUAUGUUAGCGAUAACAAAGCCGAGCUGAAAAUCAAAAAGGUGUCACUUCUUGAUCUUGGCACAUACAGUGUGGAAGCAUCGAAUAUCCAUGGAAUGUUGCGAACGAAUGCCGCUUUGAAUGUCGGAAAGCCUCGACACGCAAUUCCACCAGAAUUCCGUCAAUACAUGCAGAAAGCUGAUCAAGAUGUCGUUGUGAUGCCAAAAGUCGCUUUUGAGGAAUCCGAUGUGCAACGCGCGCUUCUCAAGAGUGCUUCACAAGUCCGAAUGGAAUUGAGAAAGAAAGGAGCCGCUCCAGUUUUCGUCCAUGGAUUAGAGGAUCUGGAGUUGAGAGCCGGCGACUCGGCUGCUGUUGCUGGACAGUUGACUAGAAAAACUCGUCAACGAAUCGCACACGCGCAUGGUCACAAAUCGGCGGCUCGUGGAUUAGCUGAAUCCAUUUUGGCGACUGCUUUCGAACAAGAAGCUUCCACUUCAUUUGAGGAAAUUGAGACAAAUGUAUCGAUCAAAGAAGAGAAGAAACUCGAGAGAAAAGAAUCAUUGAAGGAGGAAACCGAAUCCCAAUCAGCUCUUGAUGAGAUUCGUCAAGCAAUUCAACACCGAAAUCGAAAGACUUGUCGACCAAAGUUCAUGGUUCGGCCAAAGACAAAGAAACAAUUGGAAGAGGGACGAAGUCUGAGACUGAAAUGCGCUGUUUCCGCGAAUCCACUUCCAACUGUUUAUUGGGAUAAAUCGGGAAUGAUCCUUGAAACCGGCAACAAGUACUCGAUCUACAAUGACGGAGAUUUCUACUACUUGGAAGUGCAUCAUGUCUCAAUUCAUGAUCAAGAGCCAAUGGAAGUGAAAUGGAUAAGGAAUAAUAUGGUGGUCGCUGAUUCGAGUGGAUUCAAAUAUAAGAAAGAUAAGAAUCAUUGUGGAUUGAUGAUUGUGGACGCUUUCCCGGAAGAUGCGGGAGAGUAUAUUUGUGAGGCGAAAAAUCAAUGGGGAGUCGCGAGAUGUGCGAUGAGAUUAGAGAUUCGUUCUGAUGAUAAACCAUUGAUUGAAGAACCUCCACGAAUUGUGGAUGCGCCUACAAAUGUGAAUGGAGAACCGGGAAUGCCUGUUCAGAUUAGGGUUAAGGUGACUGGCCAUCCAGAUCCGGUCGUUGAAUGGUUUAAAGGAAAUACAAAGAUUAUCAAUGAUGAGAAAUAUCAACUUUCAUCGGAUGGUAAUUGGAUGUUGCUGACGAUAAAUGAAGCGACGAGAAAAGAUGACGGAAAAUAUCGAAUCUCGGCUUCAAAUGGAGCUGGAUCGAUUAGUCAUUCGAUUGAUUUGACUGUUAGAGAACCGACAUUGAGUGAUUCAUCAUUGGCUCAACCUCGUUUCACGGUUCAACCAGUUUCCGUGCAAACUGCUUUAGCACAAAAAGUUCAACUGCAGUGCUCAUUCGAGGGAAAACCGACGCCCGUUGUGUCGUGGUUUAAAGAUGAGAAUCGACUUCAAGAUGGAGUAAACGGAUAUUCGAUUGAGACCACUGGAAACAAUUCGAUUCUUUCGGUGUUCUUCAUCAUUUUGUGUCUCUUUGCUGCUGUCAGCUCGGAAUCAAAGAUGAUUGAAAGCACAAUCGACCUCCUCUACACAAACUCGUCUGUGAUGUACGAUCGGCACUUUUAUUCUCAUCCCAUCCCGGUAAACGACACUCGUGAUGCAUAUGCUUUUACCGUCGAGUUCAGCCGAGAAUGCUUGGGCGAAGCUGUUUAUGAUCCAUCGAUUACAACCUUUGACAUAAUCAUUUUCCGUUUCUUCGAUGAUAUUUUGGAGGCUGUGCCGAUAUCUGAAUUCAUCGUUCGCUACUCAAUAAUCGGAACUGGUGUCACUUCCAAACAUACUCUUCAUGUCGUUGGUGCAAGUGAAAAUGAGACAGAGUCUCUUGGAUCAAAGCGACUGCUUUACAACCAUGACGAGUUGAACGAGUUUCACGAGCCUCCAAAACGGCAUAUCGAUUUUAUCAAAUUAUCAAUCUGGGUCAAUGUUACAGCUAAAGUUGUUAAUCUGAGUAACGGGACCGCAAAGAGCCACAAAGAAAGAACAGUAAAGCUCCCGGUCCCAAAUGGUGCGAAAAGACUAGCUGUUAGAAGAGGACUCAGGCAUUGUAUUGCAUACAUGACAUCGCACUCACAGCAGUUGGCGAUCUCUCGACGUUUUACAGUUGAACACAAAUUCCAGAACAAAUCAGGCCGAAACUCUUACGUCGACGAGGAAAACUUCGAUAUUGCUUACAGAUUUGCAGCCAUUCACUAUGCUAUCAUUAUUUUCUGUCUUCUAUCUGGAAUCGUGAUUUACUUCUCCGCAUGGGCUCAGUCGGAAGAAUACAUCGAUUUGAAUGUGAUACACUUGGUGCGUGCCGAAUGGAGAGCGAUUCGCGAGGCUCGAAGACAAAUGAAAAACAGUGGAAAGAAUGAGAAAAAGGUC